AUGAACUGGACCUUCUUGAAUCAGAGCGCCCUGGAACAGGGAGGCAGCGGAGGUGUAGGCGGCGCCUACGGCAACCAGAGCCAAGGGCUGGACACGUGGCUGGGCUGCUGUCCCGGAACCCCUCCGCUGGUGGCGAGUGACGGGAUCCCAGCGGGUCUAGACCCUGAUGAGCGGAGCCUGUGGGUAUCGCGAGUGGCGCAGAUCGCAGUCCUUUGCGUGCUCUCCCUCACCGUGUUCUUCGGCAUCUUCUUCCUGGGCUGCAACCUGCUCAUCAAGUCAGAAAGCAUGAUCAACUUUCUAGUGCAGGAGAGGCGACCCUCCAAGGAUGUGGGCGCGGCCAUCAUGGGGCUUUACUGA